AUGGCCGAACCUCAGCCCGCAGAUAUCCCAGAAGACGCACCCACCGGUACUGCUGAAGACCGCCGGGCCGCAGCCGCGCUUUCUUCCCUCGACACACACGACGAUGCAUCCGCCGACAAGCGCGAUGUCGAUAGCGAGGCGCUGGGCAAUGCAAUGAAGAACCUGGGUGGUGGCAAACAGAAAGAGGCGAAGAAAGAGGUUGAGUCGAAAAAGGUCAAGAUUGAUAUGAAGGACGUGAGCUUGCUGGCCGAACACUUGGAAUUGAGUAAGCCAAAAGUGACAGAACUUCUGAAGGCGCAUGAAGGUGAUGCGGUAAGAGCAAUGAAGGCCUAUGUUUCUACGAGCGCAUGA